ACAGGACCCCCUAAAGAAGAAGAGGGAACAGCAUCGGCCUCAGCUACUUGUUGAACAACAUGGAUCAAAUAAAUACCAGUGUUUUUUCAAUCUGUUGCUGGUGCCAACAGUUGUUGCGCAAGUAAACUCGGCAUUUUGAAACGAAACAACUUCAACAUGUGUAGAUGAGGAGCUGUUAUUAAAGCAAUCUGCGCUAUGUCUGGCGAUUUUCUGCAACGGGUCAGGACCCUUACCUUGAACAUCAACUACUUCGCCCGCCUCCCUCGGCCAUGGGACAUCGUACCUACCACCCUGCAGUGUCCGAGCCCCACGGUCCAGGCCUCACAGGUCCCCAGCCUGUUCCGGGAGCCCUACAUCCUGUCAGGCUACCGUCCGGUCCAACAGAACUGGCGCUGCUACCUCCUCAGUCUAUUCCAGAGACACAACGAGUCCCUGAAUGUGUGGAGUCAUUUGCUUGCAGGUCCCGUGCUGCUGAUCUGCUGGUGUGCCAAUGCCGGCGCCCUGGGGUACACCUUGGAUACAGCAUCUCUACCUCUUUGCCUCUUCAUGGUGUCUUGUCUCACCUGUCUGUUCGGCAGUGCGACGGCUCACCUCCUGCAGUCUCACUCUGAACAUGCACACUACUUCUUCUUCUGCAUGGACUAUGUUGGUAUAGCCAUGUAUCAGUACGGGUUCUCACUUGGACAUUUUUUCUAUGCUUCAGAGGCAACAUGGAGGGAGAGCUGCGUUGGGCCCUUGUAUCUACCCGGAGCUGCUUUCUGUGCGUGGCUCUUCUGUGCCUGCUGCUGUUUCGCCAAGUUCAGGUACAGGCGGCCCUAUCCGGUGCAGCGCAAAUUCUACCAGGUGAUUCCUGCCUCAUUAGCAUACCUGCUGGACAUCAGCCCCGUAGUCCACCGUCUGGUGACUGUCACCUGGACACAAGAUUACUCGCAGCUCUUCCACGCCCUCCAGAUCGCCUCCUUCCUGCUGGCUGCCCUCUUCUUCUCCUGUCCAAUUCCUGAGCGCUUCUUCCCGGGCCACUGCGACUUCGGGGUCCAGGGUCACCAGAUCUUCCACUUGUGUCUGGCCCUGUGCACAAUCUUCCAGCUGGAGGCGCUGUUCCAGGAGUAUGCCAGACGGAGGGAUACGUUAGUGGAGGUAUUUGGAGAGAGGCAGCUGUGGUGGGCUUGUGUGUCCUUCCCCGCCCUGUUUCUGUGUUGCGUCCUGACAGCAGUCAUCACAAUGAAGCAUGUGAAUAAGCGACUGGGUAUAAAUAAAUCUAAUGAUAAUAAUAGCAAGGAUAAUACUCAUAAAAAGCCAUAAUUGUGUGAACAACCUGUUUAUCUGUGAAAAAUGUUAUAAUUAUUUGAAUUACUUUUAUGAUAAUCACAUAUUUUGUGGUCUGGUUAAGGUCAGAGCUCGGACAUUUUCUGAACGUGUAGCAUUCAGUUGUAGUUUGAGUCGCAAAUUUUUGUUUACACGUGGUAUUCGGGUCAUAUAGUGUUGAUGGUGGAGGCGUAUAGUAUGACACCUGUUCUCUGUUUGGUUGUGAAUGGAUGGAGAGGAAGUGACGUGUGGAGCCUUACUGUUCACUGUCCGCUGUUAAAGACUCAGUUUAGCUUUCUAUACGCUUUUAAAGGUCUAUUUGGUGAACCACUAGAUUUACAAAAACAAAAUCACUGUAUACAUAUUAGAUCUCCCUUUUAUGAUUAAUUAACAAGCCGGCACAUCAAGCAAGUUAGUAGUUUUUGCAAGUUUUUCUUUUUUCAAGCAAAGGCUGAAUAAAAUGAUUUACAAACAAUAUUUGACAUCUUUAUUGGCCACAGAGUACACAGUACGGCCUGAGGUAAGCAGCAGUGUCACUAUCGAGAAAGACGAAAAGAGAGAGAGAGAGUGCAGCUCUGUGUUAUCCCGUUGACUGAUCUGGACGAGCCAAACGGUGGGAGAGACGGCAUCCAACAAAUUUGCAGGACGGUCCUGCAAAUGGAUAAAGUCCCUCAGAAAAUCCAGUUACAGUACAGUGUGCGUGUGUGUGUGUGUGUGUGUGUGUGUGUGUGUGUGUGUGUGUGUGUGUGUGUGUGUGUUAGUGUGAGUGUGAGUGUGUGUGUGUACACAUAUAAUUGUGAGCACCAGAACUGAGCGUAGAACUUAUGGAGGACAUUUGACGGGUCCUCACUGUUUUGAAGUCUGAGGGUUAAGCUGUGCUUUUCAGUGAUGUGCAAUUUGCGAUCGAUCCGGUUCUUGUGAAACAGCUCUUUGGUAAGAACCAAGGGAACCGAGAUGUUUUGCCCACUUCAGCCGUUCCUUCAAUAAUAGUGCCCAUACCUUGCUGCCCUAAAGCCCUCCCUCUCAUGUGAAGAGUGAGAACACCAGAUUUCGCUGAGAAGGGAAAGGAGGAGGUGGAACUUCUCAUUAAUAUGAAUAUAUCACGUCCUGUGCUAUAUUAACAAUAAUUGAUAUUAGGUAAAGUAUGUCCUUUCGUGCUCUUAAAUCCGCAAAUGCAAAAAGAUAUUGGUGGUGUAUCGAACAUCACUUUACAAAAAAAUUAUCAGGUAUAUGCUGAAUUAAAUGCAGGUAAAUCCACACAAAAAGGCGAUUUCCUGUUCUGUUGUCAGCAAAGGAGAUGGGAAUAAGAUCCUUUAAUUCCCAACUCUAUUGCUUUUAGGGUUAGUGUUGAGGGACACCUGAGGUGCACUGUCCUUUUCUCAGGAUGCUCCCCUUGGUCCAGGUUAUGUAUUAUUGAGUGUUAUAUGCACGUGGUGUCAUAUAUGGUGUCAUUUGUUAUAUACAAAUAAAACUAAUGAUGAAUUUGUUUUUUUUAUGUUUUUUAAAAUUAACUUUAAUAAUAAAAAACUA